AUGCUUGAAGCUAAACUGUUUGUUCAGAAGCGAAGCCAGAUAACGACUCUGAAACAGCCGAAAGAGCUGGGAUACUACUCUAAAACUAUAGAAAAUGAAUUCUUAAUUCAAAGCGAUACGAUGCUUUCAUACUAUUACUUUCCAGACUCAUAUUUAGAAAAGAACUUUGAUCUUACAGCUGGGGCCAAGAAGUUUAAAGAAUGCAUGGAUACGCCAGAUUUUGAUCAAGCAACAUUACAUGGCUUAUUGGACACAAUUCAACACUACGAGGAACGGAGGAAGAAGAAGGUUAAAGCUGAUAUUAUUACAUUUCGUGGUAUCAUGAGAAAACUAAUCAGUAGUGCAUUUGAUAAUCCCAAAUAUGCGAAUGUAAAUUUUCGGAUUGUCUCUUUUGAUGGGCAACUCUUCAUAAAAGAGGCUAAAGAAAAGAAUUCGAAAGGUUCUGCAAACAAAAAUACAAAUUCCCUGGAAUUUAGAAACUACUAUAGUGGCUACAAAUUUGAGGCAUUGACGGUUCUGUCCAAACCGUUUCCCGAAACCCCAAGACAUAUUUUGGAGAAGAGACAUAAAAAAUUGGUAGACAAUGGCGAACAAUAUAUUUCGGUGGUAAGGACUGGUAUUGGCAAAUGUAAGCUCAUCCUAGGAGCUGAAGUAGACUGUGUUUUCGACUUUAAAGAAGAGAAUGGAGAUAAUUUGAAGCACUAUGCAGAACUCAAAUGUACCAAGGCAGUUAAUACCGUUGCUGAAGCAAGAUCUUUCGAGAGGAAGAUCUUCAAGACAUGGAUACAAUGCUUCCUAGUAGGCAUUAAUAGAAUAAUAUAUGGAUUCCGGGAUGAAAAUUACAUUUUGAAGAGUGUUGAGGAGUUUACUACACAGGAAAUACCAAUUCUUUUAAAGAAUAACCCUCAAAUGACGAAUGUAUGUUUAGAUGCCGUAAAAUGGUAUGGCGCCUUCACAGAAUGGCUCAUGGCAACCAUUCCGCCUACCACAGGGGACGAGAUAAAAGCCUAUACCUUGGUUUAUGAGUAUAAUCAUCUGAAGCUGGCUGAAAUCAGCGAAUCAGAUCCGGAGUAUAACGAUAUCGUACAUGGAGACGCAGUGCUUUCUGAAUCAUUCAAAAACUGGAGGAAGACGCUAGCCCAAAAAGACAAUAAUGUCGAAUAG